AUGAAAACUUCGCUAGGAUUUAUAAACAUUUUAGUUUUCAUACUUUUGGCUUUAACCAAACAAUCUGAAGCCGGACCUAUUCAUUCUUUGAAUUCUACUAAAGAUUUUGGAAAAGAACCACAAAUGGUAAUAAAAAAUGGAACCGAUUUAAUUUACAUAGUUAAAGUGUCUGAGAAAUUAGAAGAAGAUAUUAGUGCUAAGGCAGCACAGGGAGCGACUUUGUCUAAUAAAACCAAUGAAAUUCAACUCGACCAAAAUCUUGAACAAGAAGGACAAUUUCCAAGUGAUAUCAAAGAUCAUCGCGAGGUUGCACAGUCUUUUUCAAAUAAAACGGAGCCAAGAGUGAAUGAACCAUUAGAAAACGACCAAGUUCCAUUGUUUGAAGAAUAUGAUUUAAGGAGUGAAAACUUUACUGAUCAUAUUGACGAAGAUCCAACAUCAUUCUUUGAACCAAAGAAUAUUUCGGCAAUUGUUGGUAAUAUUCCUCAUAAUAAUAAAACAAUUUUAAAGGACAUAAAUGUUGGAGGAAGUCACACAGAUGAAAGCUUAAAAUCUGUAGCACCAGAAAUUGAGGAAUCUGUAAAAAUAGAAACUACAACCAAACCACCGUCAAAUAUUUCUGAAAUAUCAAGCGAACUGCUGUUACCGCAAAAGGUUAAUUUAACAAAGAGUAAUAAUGAUCGGGAAAGUUCAAAAAACUCUUCAAUUUUGUAUCAAAGCUUAAAACCGUUUGAAAGUCAAUUACCUUUAGAAAGGUCGAAAUCGUUGAAACCAUCUGAAAAUGAUCAAGUAAAACCGAUUGGUGGUGAAAAUCAACUAAAUCACUCAUCAUGGGAAACAACUGCAUCUAGAAAAGAAGAUAUGCCAACCAAGAUAACGCAAAGACUAAAUGAAGAAGAUCAAAUUGUUGGAGAUUUUAAUCGAAACAUAACUUGGAACAAAGCUGUUGAUCAUUUGUCACCAGAAUUAUCGGAGACUUCUGAAUCAAUUGAAUCAGGAGAGCUUUCAAACUUUGAAAAACCAAUUGUUUUACCAAAUGUAGUUAAAACUUAUAAAAGUGAUCAGCCAAUAACGCAGACUUUCCCAAUUUUGGAGUCCUCAGAGUCAUUAGAAUCUUCAAUGUCCUCAGUGGAACAGAAAAAUAAAAACUCUGAUUUAUCUGAAUCUUCAAAUUCAGGUUUGCUUCUUACAACCGAGAUAAGUAAGCAGACAGUAACGAAUUUUUUACAAUCUUCAGACUCCUCAGAAUCUUCAAUAUCCGUUGAAUCACAGGAAAAUUUAAAUCCGGAGUCACUUAAAUCCUCAGAAUCAUCGCAAUCUAAAUCUUCUGAGUCCUCAAGUCCAAAUUCAUCCAAAGCAGCUGUAAGUGGCCAAGUAGUAACAAAAUCUCCACUAUCUUUAGAUUCUUCAGAAUCUUCAGUGUCCUCUGAAGCAAGGGUACCGGAAAAUAUAAAACAGAAGUCUUUCGGAUCUUCAAAUCCAGAUUUACCAAAUUCACCCAACUUAAUUGCAAGUGGUCAACAAGAAGUAACGAGGUCUUCCCAAUCUUCAGAAUCUUCAAUGUCUUCUGAAUCAACGGAACAAGAAAAUUUAAAACAGAAAACUCCCGAAUCAUCAGAAUCUGAAUCUUAUGAAUCUUCAAACCCAGUUUUACCCAACUCAACGAAGGCAGCUGGAAGUAGUCAACUAUUAAAAAAGUCUUCACAAUCCUUAGAAUCCUCAGAAUCUUCAAUGGCCUCUAAAUCAAAAGAAAAGGAAAAUAUAAAAAAGAAUUUCUCUGAAUCCUCAGAAUCAUCUGAAUCUAAGUCUUCAGAAUCUUCCAACCCAGGUUUACCAAAUUCAUCGAAGGAAGCCGGAAAUGGUCAACUAGUAACAAAGUCUUCUCAUUCUUCAGAAUCUGCAGGAUCUUCAAUGUCUUCUAAAUCAAAAGAAAAGGAAAAUAUAAAACAGAAAUCGUCUGAAUCCUCAGAAUCAUCUGAAUCUAAGUCUUCAGAAUCUUCAAACCCAGGUUUACCAAAUUUACCGAAGGAAGCUGGACGCGGUCAACUAGGAACAAAGUCUUCACAACCUUUAGAAUCGGCAGAAUCUUCAAUGUCCUCUGAAACAAAAGAAAAGGAAAAUAUAAAAAAGAAUUUCUCUGAAUCCUCAGAAUCAUCUGCAUCUAAGUCUUCAGAAUCUUCCAACCCAGGUUUACCAAAUUCAUCGAAGGAAGCCGGAAAUGGUCAACUAGUAACAAAGUCUUCUCAUUCUUCAGAAUCUGCAGGAUCUUCAAUGUCUUCUAAAUCAAAAGAAAAGGAAAAUAUAAAACAGAAAUCGUCUGAAUCCUCAGAAUCAUCUGAAUCUAAGUCUUCAGAAUCUUCAAACCCAGGUUUACCAAAUUUACCGAAGGAAGCUGGAAAUGGGCAACAAGUAACAAAGUCUUCACAAUCCUUAAAAUCCUCAGAAUCUUCAAUGUCCUCUGAAUCAAAAGAAAAGGAAAACAUAAAAAAGAAAUCGUCUGAAUCGUCUGAAUCCUCAGAAUCAUCUAAAUCUAAGUCUUCAGAAUCUUCCAACCCAGGUUUACCAAAUUCACCGAAGGAAGCCGGAAAUGGUCAACUAGUAACAAAGUCUUCUCAUUCUUCAGAAUCUGCAGGAUCUUCAAUGUCUUCUAAAUCAAAAGAAAAGGAAAAUAUAAAACAGAAAUCGUCUGAAUCCUCAGAAUCAUCUGAAUCUAAGUCUUCAGAAUCUUCAAACCCAGGUUUACCAAAUUUACCGAAGGAAGCUGGAAAUGGUCAACAAGUAACAAAGUCUUCACAAUCCUUAGAAUCCUCAGAAUCUUCAAUGUCCUCUGAAUCAAAAGAAAAGGAAAACAUAAAAAAGAAAUCGUCUGAAUCGUCUGAAUCCUCAGAAUCAUCUAAAUCUAAGUCUUCAGAAUCUUCCAACCCAGGUUUACCAAAUUCACCGAAGGAAGCCGGAAAUGGUCAACUAGUAACAAAGUCUUCUCAUUCUUCAGAAUCUGCAGGAUCUUCAAUGUCUUCUAAAUCAAAAGAAAAGGAAAAUAUAAAACAAAAAUCGUCUGAAUCCUCAGAAUCAUCUGAAUCUAAGUCUUCAGAAUCUUCAAACCCAGGUUUACCAAAUUUACCGAAGAAGGCUGGACGCGUUCAACUAGUAACAAAGUCUUCACAACCUUUAGAAUCGGCAGAAUCUUUAAUGUCUUCUAAAUCAAAAGAAAAGAAAAAUAUAAAACAAAAAUCGUCUGAAUCCUCAGAAUCAUCUGAAUCUUCAGAAUCUUCAAACCCAGGCUUACCAAAUCUUAGUAAGGAAGCGGGAAAUGGUCAACAAGUAACAAAGUCUUCACAUUCCUUAGAAUCCUCAGAAUCUUCAAUGUCCUCUGAAUCAAAAGAAAAGGAAAAUAUAAAACAGAAAUCGUCUGAAUCCUCAGAAUCAUCUAAAUCUAAGUCUUCAGAAUCUUCAAACCCAGGUUUAAUGAAUUUACCGAAGGAAGCUGGUUUGCCAAAUCUAGCUGGUCCAACCACGAGCGAUUUUACAUUAACAAAUGCUUCACAAUCUUCAGAUUCCUCAGAAUCUUCAAUAUCCUCUGAAUCAAAAGAAAAGACAAAUACAAAACAGAAGUCUCCAAAAUCGUACGAAUCUUCAAAUGCAGGUUUAUCAAAUUCACCCAAGACAUCUGGAAAUUAUCAACUUGUUUCAAAGUCUUCCAAAUCUUCAGAAUCAUCAAUAUCGUCUGAAUCAAAUGAACACCCAUAUAUAGCUGUAGUUAAUUAA